GUUUCCUCCUGGGGAAAUGGGGAAGGUGAGGGGCCUGCGCGCUCGCGUGCACCAAGCUGCCGUGAGGCUCAAGGGGGAGGCCGCGCCCAGCCCCUCGCCCUCUGCCCAGGAGGGGGCCCCUCUACAGGCCUCGGCAGGCGGCCCUGGGGAAAAGGACUGGACAUUCGUCAGCACCAACAUCUUUGCCAGGACCAAGAUUGACCCCAGCGCCUUGGUGCAGAGGCUGGAACUGGAUGCACAGAGCGUCACCUCUGUCAGGAGAGGUGCCGAGGCCAAGAUCAUCUUGCCCAAGAAGGAGAAAAUGAAGCUACGACGGGAGCGAUGGCUGCAGAAAAUCGAAGCCAUCAAGUUAGCUGAGCAGAAGAGCCGGGAGGAGCGGAGGCGAAGGGCCACCCCGGUGGUAGGUGAUCUGCAUCCACUGAGGGAUGCCCUGCCCCAGCUGCUGGAGCUCCAGGCUGGUAGCCAGCGCCAGGUCCGCAGCAGGACAACCAGCAAGCCCAGGCCCACUGAGCUCAGCCGGAUGAGCACAGCCCAGAGACAGCAGCUCCUAAUGGAAGAAUGGACCCGGUUCCAGGAGCUACUGGCUAGCCCAACCUACAGAACCAGCCCCCUACAGGCCAUUGGACAGCAGCUGGCCCACCAGAUGCAGCUGGAAAGCAGCAGCCAGCUCUGACCAGGCGGUGGGGCACCACACUUCCCCAGGACACAUACACAGGCAGGAGUGCCCCAGAGAGUGACUGGCCCCUCAAAGGUCUCUUUGUAUUAGGGAACAGGGACAGAGAGGUUGUGAGAAUCAGUGAAGUGCUCUGUACAUGCCUUCUUCAUGCCCAGGGUCCUUUCCAUGAACUGCCCCGUUUCCCAGGGCAAGCCCACCCUGGGACAGAUGCCCUGCUCUAUCAGGAUGACAAGCUGUAUCCCCAGGCUGGGGCCCCCAAGCCCCAUGUGGAGUGGGGGUGACUGACAUUGAUUUUGUGGGGGUGCACUUGCUUGAAACUUGGGACCUGUCAAGCCUCAGUGCCCUCACUGGAUAGGCACCAAUGUCCCAAGACCUCAGUGUGGCUUCCUGGCUGUGUCAGGGGCAGGACUCUGUCAUUACGUGCUGUUCAUAUGAGGAAGGGUCUCGGAUGGCGACCUGCUGGGCUAGGGGCUGCCACAGCUGCCAGCAUUGGCUCAGUCUGAGUGUCCACUCUGGCCUGGUGGCACCUGGCAGCACUCAGGUGUGUAGACUGCUGGAGAUGGCCCAGAUCUCUCCACCUGUCCUCUCGCUCACUGUCCAUACACUGUUCCCCUUGGCCUGGGCCCCCUGCCUGUUCUCUCACUCACUGUCUACAUGCCAUUCCCCGCUCCAGCCAUUUCCACCUGCCUGAGCCCAGGGGUUCACCACCCUGCAUUCUGGUGGCAGGCCCUAGAGCCUCUGGGCUGACCCAGAAGCAAGGUGGCUUCACAUGUGGAAAAAAAAAACCAACCCUGGGAUUUGGGACUGGUGGUCGUGCUGUAGAAACAUCAACCAGUCAGCCCUCUUUCCAGGAUGCGGCAAAUGUGGGUGCUGCAUCCUCAGGCCUUGUGCUGUGUGGAACUUGCCCAUAUCCUCUAGGGAGUUGAGUGUGUGUGCUGGUGGGACCCCACAUAAGUCGUUUGACGGGCUGUGCCUUCACAGGCUGCCUGGGGUGGGGGUGGCGCCAGGUGCUCCUGGGCCUCCUAACUCCGUGUACUCAUCCCCAUGCUGCCGCUUCAUCAUUCUGAGCCCCUGUAGUCCCCUCCUCCUCCACCCUUUCCAUGUGAUCCGAGUUUUAAUAAUAUGUUUAUUAUGUAUUACUUAAGAGGGAAACCUAGCUUCCUGGUCUUCAAGUGACUUCAGUCUGACUGUGACUUGUGGCCCCUUCUGGAGAUACCCAUGGGCUCAGGAUCCUCUGACUCCUCUCCGGGACCAGGGUCUUCCUGUUGAGGCCCCACCUAGAACAGCCCUGUGCUGUGACUGCAGCCCUGUCAGGAAGGUGUUUAAACAAGACCUAGGCAAGCAGAGGCAGCAGGCGUCCUGUCACUGAAGGAUUCUGACCAUCCCAAGAAGGUAGCCUGAUAACUGCCAGCAUGGGGGCAUCGCCCAGGCAUUCUCUACAACACAGAGCCCCCACUGUGCAGCAGUAGGCCAGGACAGGCAGGUUCAUCUGGCAUGGGAAAGGCUUCCCUGGGUGUGUCUAUCGCCUUGUGGUGACUGCCUGUCUGCUAAGCACCGCCCUGUGCUGACCCCUGCUGAGGGGGUCUCCAGAGAGAGGAUGGGUUAUUCCUGUUGCCCAGAAAUGUUACGUGCAUCUCUGUGUGUGGACAGGCAUCUGGGGCCAACCCUGAAACAGCUCUGCAUGGGUGACUGGGAGUUCUGCUUGUGUGUGCCUUCAAACCUUUGCAGGAUGAGUGUGAACUAUGCGUAAUAAAUUUAAGUGGAGUUUUCCA